AUGUCGCGAGUCGCCCCUGUGGUAUUCGACCUCGUGGUGAAUCGAUCUCGUUUCGAGAGUGGGAUGAAAUGCGACGCCACCGGUGACCCCGGGCGGAAUGCUGUGGUCGAUGUAACUGGGUUAGCUGAUCCCCGCAUACCUUACGAGGGUGGAUUAGGCCGCUGCCUUGCGUUUGUCACCGCCGCCGAGUGCGAGCCGUCUCGCGUGACGCAACAAAUGUUUACCAUAAACAAACGGCGGGCCGGCCGUGAACGGCUCUGUUGGGCAUCGCCGACGCUCGGGACGCACAAGCGGUCGUCUCGCAAGUUCCAACGGGAGACAUUUCGCCGGGGAUUUAGAGCGACAUUUAGGUUUGAUUCAAGAGGAAGGUUUACAUGUAUAAUACGUCGCACCCGUGCGAAGCCGGGGCGGGUCGCUGGUGUGUUACAAAAUAAAUGCACGUUUCUCGGUGAGCGGAAGAAAUCGCAGCAAGCCCGCCGAGGGGUUGUUGGGGGGAGUCAAGCGCCGGUAGAGCGUUGGACGCGGCCGAAGACUGAGGCGCCGCCGGGUAGCGUGGCCUUGACGGAGACGACGAACUCGACGGAAUGCAAACACGACCGCCUGCCGCCCAAUUCG